AUGGAUUCUGGUGUGUGGUUCAUGCUACUAGGUGUGUUGCUAGCGAUGACUGAUAUAGGCCAGUCCAUCCCAAACGAAGAGGUUCUAGAGCAGCGCAAACACCAGCUGGAAUCACAGCAGGACUCAGACGACAAUAUGGUAGAGAGACAGGGGGAAGUGCAGAUGGAUCAUCUACUGGAGGAUCGUCUUCUGGUAGAAGUGCUGCGAUCUUUACUCCACAGCACUCCAAGAUAUGAACGCAACCCUUCAGUGCUGCAUCAACCUCAGCGGUUUGGCCGUGGUGCCUGGAGUGGCCUGUCAGCGGAGGAGAGGAUACAGUCUCGGGACUGGGAGUCAGUUCCGGGCCAAAUCUGGAGUAUGGCUGUGCCACAAAGAUUUGGCAAAAAAUAG